ACCGUUUUGACGCUAUUCACACGACCUUCGCCGAUCGGUUGCUCAGUACCUAACAGGGGAGCAGAUCAAGAGUCCCCAAGCGCAACCCUUAUAAGCGCCAAAACUACCGAAGAAUCCAAUGUAAUUGAGGGAUUCAAUUGCAGGCUGUCUUGCGCACCACUUCGAUUGCGUAUCGUAUCACAUUUGCAAGAAGAAGAAAAAGCAAUAUGUCCAUGUUCCACCCUAGCAAGGGAGGGGUACAUAUCAAUUUGUUUGCAAUCCCAGUGCCUGCCCGCUCUCUCUGUACCUUUGGUGUUUGCGUGUCUCUUAAAGACAGACUUCCUCCCGCCGUCCCUUACUUAACUCAAUCCCUCUUCGACUCAACUCGUUUGUCCUUCUCCGCACUUUCAUCUCAUUCCAUCGCUGCACAACAUGCCCUUGCCGGAGAUCGACUACGUUGACCUGCCCAAUGGGCGAACCAUCACCGUCUGCGCACCUCACAAGAUGGUGACGUGCGGCAGGUGCUGCCUCGACUUCAGCUUUGACCUCUCCGACGGGCCCUUUGGCUACGACUUCAACUCCCCCUUUCCUCGGGACGUGAGCGUCGCCCAGGUCGCGGCCAGCCGAUACGGCCGCCCUGCGCCAUCCGCUUCGAGACGCUCUAAUGCUACCAUUAAGGUUGUGGACGAUGACAAAUCCAACAACAAAAAUAUUGUUUUCAAGGCUCGCCCCGAGAAGACCAAGCACUCCGGCACGGUGUUCCCUUCCAAGUUCAAUACCCAGGGAAGGACGCCCGUCUCGCCCGAAGAGCUCUUCCCCGGCAGCUACAUCACCCGAGCGGACCUCCCCUAUAAGCGCUUCAUCAACCGCUGCGACGACUCCGAGUGUCUGAUCUACACAGACGGCGCCUGCUCCGACAACGGCGCCGCCGACGCCCGCGGAGGCUGCGCAUUUGUCUUCAAGCCUUACGAGUUCAACGGGCAGAGAUGCAGUGUCGCCUUCAAGCUCGAGGACCGCGGCCCGGACGGCCAAGAGUACCGUCACACCAGCAACCGCGCCGAGCUGCGCGCCGUCGUGGCGGCGCUGCGCUUCCGCGCGUGGCACGACGAGGGCUUUCAGAGCAUCGUCAUCGCCACGGACUCGACCUACGUCGUCGACGGCGCCACUGACUGGGCUCGCGCAUGGGUCAAGAAGGACUGGCGGCUGUAUACUGGCGGUCUCGUCAAGAACCGCGACCUCUGGGAGGCGCUGCUCCUAGACGUCGAGAAACUGCAUGACCGUGGCGUCAGCGUCCGCUUCUGGAAGAUCCCGCGCCAUCAGAACAACCUCGCUGACAAGGAGGCCAAGCGCGCGGUCUCCUACAUGGAGUCGACGGAGAAGUUCAGGGACAUCUUCGGCAAUCUCGUGUAGUUGUGGCGGACGGCAUGACACAGGUCGACGUAUAAAUCGCUGUGGUCAACAAGGUCGAAAGGGGGGGGCUGGCAAC